UUACCCCUCCACCGCCUCCUCUCCGGCCAAAACCCUAGCGCCGCUCGCUCUCCCAUGGCUAGCUACGGCGUCGACACGCGGCCGGCGCCCGCGGCGGGGGAAGGGGCGCUGUCCUUCCUGUCGCGGGGCAUCCGGGAGGACCUCCGGCUCAUCCGCGCGCGGGCGGGGGAGCUGGAGACGUUCCUCACCGCGCCCGUCCCCGAGCCCGAGCUGUUCGCGCGGCUGCGGCGCGCCUACUCGUCGUCGGCGUCCACGCGGCUGGACCUGUCGGCCAUCGGGAAGGCGUUCGUGGGGACGGAUGUGGUGGGGAGGGGGAGGAGCGGCGGCAGGUGGGGGUGGGAGGAGGUGGAGGCCGAGUGGGAGCCCAUACGGAUGGUCAAGGCGCGCCUCAGGGAGCUGGAGCGGAGGAGGCAGGGCCAGGCCACCGACAUGCUCCACAAGGUCAAGCUCAGCCUGAAAUCAAUGAGCUUUGUGCCUGAAUCUGCUGAGGAAGUUCCCCCUCUAGAUUUAGGUGAACUUUUGGCAUAUUUCCUAAAGCAAUCUGGCCCAUUGUUUGACCAACUUGGUAUAAAAAGAGAUGUGUGCGAUAAGCUAGUGGAAUCUCUAUGCAGCAAGCGCAAGGACCACCUUACAUAUAAUUCAUUCUCAGCAAGUGAACCAUCUGCAUUUAGUAAUGACAAUGCUGGUGAUGAACUUGACCUAAGAAUAGCUAGUGUCUUGCAAAGUACAGGACACAAUUAUGAAGGUGGAUUUUGGAAUGAUGGGCAUAAAUAUGAAACUGCUGACAAGAGGCAUGUUGCAAUAGUCACCACUGCCAGUCUUCCUUGGAUGACUGGAACAGCUGUAAAUCCUUUAUUUCGUGCUGCUUACUUGGCUAAAUCUUCCAAGCAAGAUGUAACCUUGGUGGUGCCUUGGCUUUGCAAGUCAGAUCAAGAACUUGUUUAUCCCAAUAGCAUGACAUUUAGUUCUCCACAAGAACAAGAAGCUUAUAUGAGGAAUUGGCUGGAGGAAAGGGUUGGUUUCAAGACAGACUUCAAAAUAUCAUUCUAUCCUGGAAAGUUUCAAAAAGAACGGAGAAGCAUAAUUCCUGCGGGGGACACAUCGCAAUUUAUACCAUCAAAGGAAGCUGAUAUUGCUAUUUUGGAAGAGCCUGAGCACUUGAACUGGUACCAUCACGGGAAACGUUGGACUGAUAAAUUUAAUCAUGUUGUCGGUGUUGUGCAUACAAAUUAUUUGGAAUACAUUAAGAGGGAGAAGAACGGUGCUAUUCAAGCCUUUUUUGUGAAGCACAUCAAUAACUUGGUUGCCAGAGCUUAUUGCCAUAAGGUUUUGCGACUGUCAGGAGCUACACAAGAUCUCCCCAAGUCCAUGAUCUGCAAUGUACAUGGCGUCAAUCCCAAGUUUCUUGAAGUUGGAGAGAGAAUAGCAGCAGAGAGGGAGUCUGGCCAGCAGGCCUUCUCUAAAGGAGCUUAUUUUCUAGGCAAAAUGGUCUGGGCCAAAGGUUACAGAGAAUUGAUAGACUUGUUUGCAAAACACAAGAGUGAUUUGGAAGGUUUCAAAUUGGACAUAUAUGGAAAUGGUGAAGAUUCACAUGAGGUGCAAUCAGCUGCCAUGAAGUUGAAUCUAAACCUCAACUUUCAUAAAGGCCGGGAUCAUGCGGAUGACUCUCUUCAUGGGUACAAAGUUUUUAUAAAUCCAAGCAUUAGUGAUGUCCUCUGUACUGCGACUGCUGAGGCAUUAGCAAUGGGCAAGUUUGUUGUCUGCGCAGACCACCCAUCCAAUGAUUUCUUCAGGUCAUUCCCGAACUGUUUGACAUACAAAACAUCGGAGGACUUCGUCGCUAAAGUGAAGGAAGCAAUGGCCCGUGAUCCACAGCCCCUCACACCCGAGCAGAGAUACAACUUAUCCUGGGAGGCCGCAACACAGAGAUUCAUGGAGCACUCCGAGCUGGACAAGGUCCUGAGCAGCAACAUGGACUGCACCAGCACCAGUGGAUGUGGUAAAAGUGGAGACAGCAAGAUGAAAAAAUCAGCCUCGUUGCCAAACAUGUCAGGCAUAGUAGAUGGUGGGCUGGCGUUCGCCCACUACUGCUUCACGGGCAAUGAGCUCCUCAGGCUGUCAACUGGAGCAAUACCCGGCACCCUCAAUUACAACAAGCAACAUAGUUUGGACCUCCACCUCUUGCCGCCACAGGUACAGAACCCCAUAUACGGCUGGUAAGUUAUACGUGUUAGUACUACUUAGCGCAUAGAUAGCUCUGUAAUUUGUUUGUAACACUAGUGUUCCAUUUCUUUCUUGUUUAUCCUCCCUUUGCCAAAGGCAAUCUUGUCCAUUAUUUAGUACUGUACAAACUACUACAGACUACAUGUAGUGUUAGAUAGAAGAGCCAUUUUCACUGGCCUUCAUGCUAAGCAGGGUUGUUCAGAUUUCAGAGUUUGAGUAGUGUUCCCGGCAUUGAUCAAACAUGCAUGCAUGCGCAUAUCUCUGUCAGCUACCAUACCAAAGUUGGCUGAUGGUUGUUGCUGUUUGGUAUUACAAGCCCACGCCAUGUCCUCCCCUUGUGCUUGCACAAGAGAAGUGCCAUGGCAGUGCUGUGCCUGUGCGUGCGCUUGCUCCUUGCAUGCGUGCAUCUCAAUGGUGGUGGCACUGUCGCACUCAUGAAUUGCUGCUGCUUUUCUAGGCUCUAUCUUACCUUUUUAUCCAUCCAUCUACUUGUAUUUACCAUCAUCGAUGAGCCAUGACUGGUAAAGAGCUUGGUACACAUUGUAUGUUUGUCUGAUCUACAAUACAUACAGCACUUUGUUUGAGUAUACAUGCUAGUUGUAUACUAGUUGUAAAGAAGUAGUGCUAGUGUAGGGAGAGGCCAAUGCUAUGCCAUGUCAUCCAUGUCCAGCUAUCCGCAUGGCAAUGGCAUCCCCAUACUGGCAGUGGCAGAGGCCUACGUGGGGUGUAUGUGGGCCUUUGCCCUUCUCUCUCUGCCAUUGCCAGCCUCAGCACAGCAGCUACUAGUAGCAGUAGUGUGUAGCACUGCAAGGGUCUUCGUGUUGAUGCGAGGUGAUUCGUUGCUGUACUGCCUGCUGCUGCUCUAAUCUGCCAUGCAAUGUGAUAAAGAGGACCAUGUGCUGCAAAUGCAACACUGCUUCAUCCAUUUUUUGUAUUUUUAUUGUUAUCAUCAUAAUAAUAUGUGUACUCCCUUGUGUUGGUGG